UCGGUGAGUGUGUCAGGUGCAGGGGGCGUGGCCUGCCCCUGUGAUGCUCCAUCGCAGCGCCUCUGUCGCAGCUGCCGCUUCGCUCUCGGUUACAAUUAGACGUAGCUGAAGGCGGAGCGGAUCGAGCCGAGCGCGGAGCCGUACCUGAGAGAGACGGACAGCCGCCAGCCAUGUCAGCCAGCGAGGCCCGGCUCCUGUCUCGGGAGCAGUCGCAGGCCAGCACGGGCUCCGGGGCGAGGAUGCCGGCCUGGAAGCGAGAGAUCCUAGAACGGAGGCGGGCGAAGAGCGGCGGUGCGGGGCCGAGCGGGGCCUUGUCUACCGGCGACACCUGCGACUCGCCGGCACUGCCGCAGCCCGGGACGGGCCACCCGCCUCCAGACGCGGAGCCGACCGAGGGCGAGAAGCUGGUCCUGCAGGAGAGCCUCGGGUCCAUCGAGGACAACCCGUUCAUCAGGCUGGAGAAGGAGAGGAAGAAGCGGCAGGAGCGCGACGCGCCCCCCAGGAGCAUCCAGCACAUCCUGGAGGCGUACGGUAACGUGCCGGGCAUCAAGACCAUCCGGGCGGACAACAUCAUCAUCAUCGAGUCGGACCCGAGCUUCUUCCAGGACCGACCGAAGGGGCAGGCCCGGCCGAACGGCACGGUGGGCAGGUACAACUCCAUCAACGAUCUGCUGGAGCGCCGGGGCAGCCCCGUGACGGAGAUCCGGGCCCGGGAGGUGGUCAUUUACGACACGGCGCUGAGCAGGAGCGAGGAGAACCUGAGCCUGGUGGAGCCCGACAGCGAGCUGGGCCUCCUUCCCGGCCAGGUGAGUCGCCUUCUGCAGAAGUUUGACCGCAAUUACGGGAAGCUCCAUCAAAAGUCUCACAGCACAGAGGACCUUCUCGCGGACAGCAGUGCCCCCCGGCCGAAGACCCGGUUGAUCUCUCCAUUGCCAAAACGACCCCACCCUUUCCCUGCCACAGGUGCACCAAGCCAACUGCCCAGCUCUCCUACCCGCCACUGGUCCGACAGGAGCAAGUCCAUCCCCGUCUUCCAGCAGGUCCAAGAGAACCACAAGCCGUCUUCCAAAAGCUUGGACUUGUCCACAAGGACAGACGUGGAGCUGCCUGCCAGUCUGUCCGCCCCUACGUCCCCUCAGACCUCCCUGCCGUCCAGCCCGGAGCACUGGAUGGGUGAGGCCCGCUUGUCUGUGUCUUCCUUCCGAAAACGCUUUGAGCCGCCUGGCACGUCCAGGACCGUGACGGUUCACCCCAAGGAGAGAGGAGAGCGAAAGAUGGUGCCCAUGGCCAAUGGAACGUGCCCUCACCCGCCGGGUUUGGAAGACUCCGAAGAGCCACUGGAAUGUCCGAGUCCGGUGCCCUCGUCCCCUAGUGCUUCCGCAAGGGGGACCCAGUCAGUGACUUCGAGAACCCAGCUGAGGAUGCCAGAGGUUAGCCCCCUGGAGCCCAGUGCCAUCUCGCCUCCUCCGAGUCCCGAGAUGAUGCCACCAAGUGCCAGCACGAUUCCUUCGUCCAAUGGCAGCGGCAGCAGUUCCUUUGAAAUCCGCCGAGCGCCAAAGCCAGACCUUUCUUCCAUUCCAGAGGGGGACCUCCAGGCCAAAGCCAUUGCCAACAUCCGCAUCCACUCCAGGAAUUCCUUCACCGUCAUUCCUAACCGGGCCCGUCAAGUAGCCCCCCGUGAUGACCACGAGGUGGACGGGCCGCCCUCCCCUGUGAGGUCCCUGCUGAGAAAAGCGCAGAUGUGGGAUGGGGGUGUGUGGGACCCAAGACGAGAAAAGGAGCCACCGGUGCCCGAUGUGCCCCGCGAUGCCCUUUCGCCUAUCCCGCAAGAACCUGGGAAUCCAGAAUGGGAGAGUGACGCUUCUGUGCCCCGUUGGGUGCCCGCAUGGGAAAAGGAUGAGGGCUCUGCUCCAGUGAGCCCUGCUGUGGACAAUGGGGAGAAGCAUGGCAGCACGUUGGGUAUGGAGGAUCUACCCGUCACCAACAUCGAUGACAUCGUGGAAGCCACCGAGGACGCUGAGCCCACCCUUCAGGAUUCAACGUCAGCGCCUGGCAAGGGGUACCACCAAAAGACUGGCAACACGUUCACUGUGGUGCCCAAGCGCAAGCCUGCCACCUCCGAGGCCGUGCAGGAGCCAGCAGACUCGGAGACACCUCUCGGGACGGGUGAAGCCCCCUUUGCCACCCUGGGGGCCAUGCUGAAAAAACGUUACCCGGCAGCAGAGGAGAUCCAGGUGAUCGGCGGGUACCAGAGCUUGGGCCGGUCGUGCCUCUCCAAAUCGGGCACCUUGCGCAAGAAGCUCAAGAUCUCCUUCAACGACUCGAGCCUGCAGACCACCUUUGAGUACCCCUCAGAGAGCUCCCUGAUGGAGGCCGCCGACGACGAGGAGGAGGAGGAGGAAGAGGACGACACCGCAGGCGAAGAGGAGGAGAGGCUCAGCCACGUCAUCAUCCCACGGCCCACUUUCACCAACUCGCCUUCACCCGUGCGGAAUUCAGCAGAUCUGUCCACUUACAUGCCUAAGCACUCCAUGAACUUCAGCACUUGGCAGGAGCAGCGGCUGGACAAGAACGGGUCUGCGGGAGUCGGCCUAUCGGCACACGGCAAUCUAAACACGGAGGAGAUGCUGACCCCUGCAGACGUCAGCUCCUUGUCGGACUUCCACAGCGAGCCGGCUCUCUAUUUCUGAGGAGUGAUGCCCGAGCUACCCGCCUCCGCCGAGGACCCCCCAGCACUCCAAGUUCAGGACGGACUAACUCCGUGGCAGCUACGGCCCGACACUCCACUUCUUUGCACACCUCAAAAACGGAUUUUGUUUGGGUUGGAGAAGCUCGCUUGAGA